AUGAGUAAGAGGAUGCAGGAGCCAGAUUUGCAAAGGCUGCUGGGCGGGUCUCCAGAGCCUUGGCGCCGCCGGUGGAGAAGCUGCCGGCACCUGCAUUGCGCCCGGGUCCUCUCACCCUCGCUCUCGUCCUGUUGCAUCGACGGCGAUGGCGCUGAGGACAAGGACCCGGACGACGACCGUGUCUGCGCGGCUUGCGGCAACAUUUAUGCCCCAGACUCCAGGGGCACCUUUUUCCGCGACGGGAAAACGAAAAUCGGAUGGAAGUGGGACAGGGAGGGGCAGACCCUUCCUAACUGCCCUCUCGCCCCCGCGAUGGGACAGACUUCGUGCUCCUGUGGGAGGAGACGCUGCGACCCCGCGCGGUGGGCCGAGCGGCAGCGACUCCUGCGGUGGCGCUGGCGCCAUAAGUUCCAGCGGAACCUCCGCGCGGCCGGGCAGCUCCUCGAGGAGGAACGCAGUGCCACAGAGAGCUGCGCCCGCGCCCGCGCCCGCGCGGUGCACUUCGCCAAGCUGAGCGCGCCCUGGGAGUUGCUAGUGUUCUACGCGGAGGAACUGAGCCUGCGCGCGCCGCCGCAGGCCCGACCCAACUCGGACUCCGACCGCUCGGCGGAGCUGCUGCGUCGCCUGCGCCUGCGCAACCCUUUACAGCAACACAUGCUGGACUUCUGCACGUGCACCUUCUGCCGCUCUGAGCUGGACAAAUUCCUGGGCAGCGAUUCCCACGACUCCUACUUCUCCAACACGCAGAGGCACCUCGUGGGAUGCUGGCACAAGUACCAGCCCCUGGACCACGUACGAGAGUACUUUGGGGAGAAGGUGGCCAUCUACUUUGCCUGGCUAGGCUUCUACACAGCCUGGCUGCUGCCUGCUGCCCUUGUGGGCACCCUGGUCUUUAUCUCUGGUCUGGUCACCAUAGGCACUAACACACCAGCACGAGUUGCUGUUGUGCCCUCUCUCCCUCCCUCACUGCUGGGGUACCUCUUUGGCCAUCCAGGGCCUGUGUUCUUCAGCAUCUUCAUGUCCUUCUGGGCCAUGGCCUUCCUGGAGCACUGGAAGCACAAGAGCAUCACCUUGGUCCAUCACUGGGACUGCAGUGACUUCCAGGAAGAGGAGGAGUGCCCACGUCCAGAGUUUGCUGCCCUAGCCCAGCAGAUGGCCCAGAACCUGACAGGCCUGAAGGAGCCCUACUUCUCACCCCACAACCGCAUUCCUUGCCUACUCACCAGCUCUGCAGCCAUCCUCGUCAUGCUGUGCGUGGAGAUGAUUUUCCUGGUGUCUGUCAUCAUUUACCACAGCAUCGUCAGCAUUGCAAUGUUCCACGUGGGCAACCCUGUGCUCAUGACCCAAGUUCCUUCCACCGCUCCACGUGGCUGGGCUCCAGAUAAUGGCCGUCACUCUGCCUGGGCUGGCAACAUUGCCGACAUCAGCAGCACUGUGCUCAACCUGGUGCUGAUCCUCCUCUUGGGCCAGUCUGCUCAGCCAUUCUCAGAUGAGGGUGGCCAGGGGAGCAUGGCUGGCAUUAGAGGAAGUCGGUGGGACACCCAGAUCACGCAGGAGCUGGGGUGCUGGGAGGAGGAAUAUGGGCUUAUCAAGUGUGAGGACCUGUUUGAUGAAUACCUGGAGAUGGUGCUGCAGUUUGGGUUCAUCACCAUCUUUGUGGUGGCCUUCACACUGGUGGCCCUGUUUGCUCUGAUCAACAACUGGGUGGAAAUCUGACCGGAUGCCCAUAAGUUCGUGUGUGAGUACCGGCUGCCAGUGGCUGAGCAGGCACAGGGCAUUGGGAUCUGGCUGCUCCUGCUUGAGGCCAUGGCCCACCUUUCAGUCAUCGUGAAUGCUUUCCUCAUCGCCUUCACGUCGGACUUCCUGCUGCGUCUCCUGUACCGGCACGAGCAGCACAGCCACCUGCGCGGCUAUGUUAGCUUCACGCCGGCGCCCACACCUCCUGCGUACCUUGCUCAGGGCAACCACACGCCCUGCACCCGCCAGGUACAAGCCUUUCUCGACGCGCAGGAGAACCUCACCCUCUUUCACUGGAAGUUGCUGGCUGUGCGUCUGGGCUUCCUCAUCGCCUUCGAGGUAGGCUCAGCCAUCUGCGCGUCGGACAGACCUGAGUUCAAGUUCAGGCUCUGCCGCCGACCCGCUCACGUGGUGUUCUUCUUGUGCCUCAUCGCCUGGCUCGUGCCCGGCGUGCCAGCCGGACUGGCCACCAAGAUAAAGCGCGGGCGCUACCUUGGCCAAGCAGGCGCUGGCGGUCAACCGGGAGGCGCUGCUCUCUGUCAGCACGGCCCGCGGACACUGGCCCCACCCCUGACCACGCCCCCUAGACCCGCCCGAGGCCUUAGCAGGGGCGUUGUCCCCGGAGCCCAGGACGCAGGGGCGAGUGAGCCAGGACUGCCCUUCCAGGACCCUAGGUCCCCCAGGAUGCUCCUUCGAUUGGGGUCCUCUGCUUCUGGCUAG